AUGGCUGACGCCAUAUUAAAACUAAGUCGUAGUCUUGUUAAAAUCGAUACAAAUGAAGAUUUUUUAUCUGAUCAAAUUCAUUAUCAAAUAACAUUUACUAUAUUAAUUAUGUCUGCAUUUGCAUCAACAACUCUUCAAUAUUAUGCUGAUCCAAUUCAAUGUAUUCAACCAGCUCAAUUUACUGAGGGUUAUACAACAUUUGCACGUACUUUAUGUUGGUUAAAUAAUACAUAUUUUUAUCCUCAAACUUAUACACGAUUACCAAUGAAUAAAAAUGAACGUUUACAACAUACACUUCGUUAUUAUCAAUGGUUACCAUUUGUUUAUUUAAUUCAAGCUUUUUUCUUUUUAUUACCACAUUUAAUUUGGAUUAGUUUUUAUAAACGAAAUGGUUUAAAUCCAGGUGUAAUGGCUAAUCAAGGAAAAAAAUUUGAUGAUAAACCUGAAAUAAGUCAUCGACUUGCAAAAGAAAUUGAACGUUAUUUAAUGUGUAGAAAAUUGGCACAAUGUAAAAAAAAAAUAUUAUUUCGUCAUAAUAUUAAUGAAACUCAUGAUAAUGCUUCUACACCUCUUGCUUUGCCAAAUAUUUCAUUUCGUAUUCGAUAUCAUACGUAUUUUCUUGUUACACUUUAUCUUCUUAUUAAAUUACUCUAUAUUAUUAAUAUUAUUCUACAAGUACUUAUAUUAAAUGUUAUUUUAUCAACAGGAACAUAUGGAUUUUUUCAUUUUGGCUUUGAUACAAUGAAAUAUGUAUUUCGUUCAUCAAUACGUGAACGUAUGAGUGAGUUGUCAUAUCAACAUCAACAAUUAUUUCCAUUUGUUACUUUAUGUGACUUUCAUAUACGAGAAUUAGGACAAGAUCAUUAUUAUACCAUCGAAUGUAUAUUAUUAAUAAAUAUAUUCUAUGAAAAAGUUUAUUUUGCAAUGUGGAUUUGGUUUGCUGUACUUUUUAUAAUAUCAAUUAUCUCAUUUAUAUAUUCGUUUUACAAUUAUGUUCCAUUUUUUGCUCGUUAUCGUUUUAUUGAUAAACUUAUUGGUUUUAUUCCAGCUGAAAAACAACAAAAAUCUUCAUCAGAUAUACCAAUGUCACAAAAUUUAAUAAAAAUUACAACAACAGAUGAUAGAAGAGAAAAUGAUUUGUCGAUUGAUGCUAAUCGCGGAAAAGAUUUUGUUCAAUGGUUACAACGUGAUGGAGUUUUUCUUCUUCAUUUACUUCAUUCACAUUCAGGUGAACCAUUAACAAUAAAAUGUAUAAAAGAUUUAUUGGAUAUUUGGAUUAACAACUAUGAACAAGAACCACAACUUGCUCAACGAUUAUUAAAAAAUGAAUUUCAUUUCUCACAAUAA